UCGCAGCUAUAUUAGUAGGAAAGCGCUGCAGAAGUUGAGGCUGGGACUUCAAGUCUAGAAACUGACAGACCCCAUAGUUAGUAUCCUCGCGGACAAUCGUACUAUGAUUUUAGAGGAUUACGUAGAGGGAGUCCAGGCAUAUUUCCGCCUAGAGAAGGAUGGGAAAGUGGAGAAGGUCCUCCACUCCCUGACUCUCCUCGUAGAAGACAGCCUCCCAUUUGAUAUUGUCUUGGGAAUGGAUUGGGGAGAGGCAGCCGGGGCGAUGCUCCAUCUGAAGGAGCACGAGUGUAGGCUCCCUAGUUCCUUAGGCGAGGCUAAGACUGCCCGCCUGUUCCAUGUGUCAGGGGUAGAGAAUUCCUUGGCGCAUUGCUGCCUGAGUGCCCCCGCGUUCGCCAGAUUAGUGAAGAAGGAGAAAUUGAAUGAGCAGGUCUUUGUUGCCUAUCUGAGGCCAGUGACUGAGCCUACGGAAGAAAAACCGAUGAACCCUGCGAUUGCCAAGCUGCUGGAAGAGUUCAAGGACCUAACCGAGCCGCCGAUAGGAGUGGUACCGCGGCCCAUCCAGCACCGUAUUGAGAUAGAGCCUGGCAGUAGGACUCCUAAGGGCACUAUAUAUAGGAUGUCCCCACGGGAGUUAGAGGAGCUUCGCAAGCAGUUAGACGAGCUCCUCGAGAAGGGUUGGAUUAGGCCCAGUUCGUCCCCUUUCGGAUCGCAUGUUCUCUUUGUUCCUAAGAAAGAGGGAGAGCUGAGAAUGUGCAUAGACUAUAGGGGUCAGAAUGCUAUUACAGUGAAGAAUGUUGAGCCACUGCCGAGGAUAGACGAUCUCUUAGAUCCAGUGCAGGGGGCCAAAUAUUUCUCUAAGGUAGAUUUAAAGUCCGGAUAUCAUCAAAUAGAGGUACAUCCUGAUGAUCAGUAUAAGACAGCUUUCCGGACUAGGUACGGGCAUUAUGAGUUUAUAGUGAUGCCCUUUGGACUAACCAACGCGCCAGCUACGUUCCAGCGUUGUAUGAAUGAUUUGUUUAGGCCAUGGUUAGACAGAUUUGUCGUAGUUUAUCUAGAUGACAUUCUCGUGUUUAGUAGGACCCUCGAAGAGAACCAGGGUCAUCUCAGGCAGGUCUUGGAGAAGCUGAGGGAAGCUAACUUCAAGAUCAAUGCAAAGAAGUGCGAUUGGGCGAAGACCCAAGUUUUGUAUUUAGGCCACGUCUUAGACGGAGAUGGCGUUAAGCCAGAGGAUUGCAAGAUCGCAGUGAUUAGAGAUUGGCCCACGCCACGUACGCUGACAGAGUUGCGCUCGUUCCUGGGCUUAGCUAAUUACUACAGGAAGUUCGUGAGGAACUUCUCCACCAUCGUUGCGCCCCUUCGCAGAUUGUUGAGGAAGGAGACCAUCUGGAAGUGGGAUAAGGACUGCACGUCUGCCAUGACGAAGUUAAAGCAGGCAUUAAUAGAGUAUCUAGUCCUUAAAGUCGCCGAUCCGUCCUUGCCUUUUGUCGUUACUACGGAUGCUAGCCAGUACAGCAUAGGCGCAGUGUUACAGCAAGACGAUGGCAAUGGCUAUAGACCCGUGGAGUUCAUGUCCGCCAGGAUG